UCCGGGAUGCUUUUUGAUGGAGUAGAUGAACAUGGAUAAAAACAUAACAAUGGUUAAAGACGUAAUCUCAUCCAACCCCGAGAUAAUUUUGUCAUUCGCAGAGUAUCCCUGGUCUUGCGGAGAUAAUACUCUGAUAAUUAAACUUUGACAACUAAAUAGGAAAAAAAUACUGAUAUGAUCUACAGACUGUAUACCCUGCAAAAAUAGGAGAAAUCUACAGUUAAAUCAUCCAGAUGAUGUAACAGCAUCAUACAAGCAUGGAAAUGUCUGAUUGUUCCAUGUACAAUGGAAAUCUCCAAGGUAUCCAAACUGGAUUUAAUGGAACCUACGAACCAACCGAUUCCAUCAUUGUGCGAACCAAAGAAAUUCAACAACCAUUUGAAGUUGUGGGUAAAGGAGAAUCUCACAACGAUGAAAUAAAUGAUAACACUUGGUCUGAUGAUAGUGGAUAUGAGUUGAAUCAGAGUCACAAUGAUCAUUUCUCUGAAGAAAAGGACACUCUUGCUGAAGAUGACGGGAUGGUUGAAAAUGUAAAGGGAAAACAACCCAUAUUGAUGACAGUUGGCGAAUAUCAUCCAGGUAUUCAGUCUGAUUUUGAGGUCAAAACAGGUGUAACCACCGAAAAUUCAAAUAGUAUUCUCUCCGAUCCCUCCACAUCAUCUUCCUCAGACCAAACUGAGGCUGCGGACCUAAUAAUUGAUUCCGGAAGACCAGUGGAACAAACCUUUUUUGAAAGUGAGGAAAGCAAUCCUUUAAUAAACACUUCCAUAUCUGGAAACAGUGAUCAAAAUGGUGAGUUCGAUUCUGUUUAUGAGGUACAAAGGGAAACAGCUUGCAAAGCAAAAGAUUCAGAACGCUCAUCAAGAAUGAAGAUUGACUUAUUUAAAAGUAAAGGAAGGGUGACUGAUUCCGGCUACAUAUACAGAAAUGAAACUGGUGAACCAAGUCUUGUCAGUCCUUGUACUACAGCACUAGCUGAACAUCAGGACCUCGACCCGACACGGUAUGGACCCAACGGAAAUCUAGACAAUCGUUGUGAGCUCUGUGGCAAGACCUUCAGCCAACCGUAUUUACUUAAAGUCCACUUUAGAAUUCAUUCAGGAUUUAAACCUUACAAAUGUGAGCUCUGCAGCAAGGGAUUUGCACAGAGUUCUGGACUGAGGUCCCAUAAACUCACACAUACCGGCGAGAAACCCUACAAAUGUGACAUUUGUGAUAAAACAUUCACCGCAAGUGGGAGUUUGAAUAUGCAUUAUCGGACACAUAAUGGGGAGAGGCCGUUUUCUUGUGAAGUUUGCGGUCGUACGUUUCGUUACCGCAGCGCAAUGAAUAAACACAUCAUGAUCCACACAGGCGAUAGACCAUAUACUUGUGAUGACUGUGGCAAAGAUUUUAGUCGAAAAGGCAACCUCGAGACGCAUAGACGCAUUCACACAAACUCCAUGCCCUAUCAGUGUGAUAUAUGUAAAAAAAAGUUCAACCAAAUGAGUAACCUACGUACACAUGAAGUGACACACACACUCGUUAAGCCCUAUAAGUGUGACCUAUGUGGGUCAGAGUUCUUCACCAAGUUUAACAUGCAAAGACAUAUUGUAAUUCAGCAUAUAAAAAAGAAGAGAUAAUGAUUUUUUUUUGUGUAAAUUUAUUAAAAAGAAUAAAUAUCUAUGUGAAGUAGGUUAGUAUAGAAUAAAUAAAAUGUAACUACCAAUCAGCUUUCACACUUCACAGGGAUCUUCAGGUUUUUUUAAAUGAACAAAAUCAUGACGCCACAAUUACAUUUCAACACACUGCAGUAGUAAUAUGAUGUUACAAUGUACACAAGAUUUGUGGACAAACUAGCACAAAAUUUUACUUUGGCCUAUUGAGGCAAGAUUUUUAAUAUUUGGAU